AUGGCCAGACUUUUGAUUGAAUUACUACUCAUCAGAGCGGGCUUGGAGCAAAAUCCUGGUCCAAAGAAACAGAAGAAAUCCAUAACUAACUGGAAACAGAAAGCCAAAAGACUGUCCAAGUAUAAAGAAGAAAAAGAGAAAAGGCUGUCUUUGGAGGAAGAUCAUAUUGAUGCUAUAAAAAGGUCUGAAGCUGAAAGAAAAAUAACUCAGAGGUCACAGAGUGAAACAAAAAAAGAAGACAAUGAGGCUGAUGUUAAACGUAAACGUUUAUCAAGAUCAAAAAGUAAUAAAAACAAGAAAGAGAAGGAAGCAGACACUUUCAGAAAAAGAGUUUUAAGAUUAGACACUGAAAAAAGAGAAAAAGAAAAUGUUGCAGAAGCUAAACGAAAGAGAGCUCUAAGAUCAGAUAGUGUAAAUAAAGAAAAAGAAAAUGUUGCAGAUGUUAAACGAAAGAGAGCUCUAAGAUCAGAUAGUGUACAUAAAGAAAAAGAAAAUAUUGCAGAAGCUAAACGAAAGAGAGCUCUAAGAUCAGAUAGUGUAAAUAAAGAAAAAGAAAAUGUUGCAGAUGUUAAACGAAAGAGAGCUCUAAGAUCAGAUAGUGUAAAUAAAGAAAAAGAAAAUGUUGCAGAUGUUAAACGAAAGAGAGCUCUAAGAUCAGAUAGUGUACAUAAAGAAAAAGAAAAUGUUGCAGAAGCUAAACGAAAGAGAGCUCUAAGAUCAGAUAGUGUAAAUAAAGAAAAAGAAAAUGUUGCAGAUGUUAAACGAAAGAGAGCUCUAAGAUCAGAUAGUGAUUAUAGAAAAAAAGAAAGUGUAGCAGAAAAUAAAAGCAAACAAUUGUAUAGAUCAGAUCCAGUAAAGAAACGUAAUGAAAGACUACGAGAACAAAAACUAAAAGGAAAGAAGAAAGUGCAAAUGAAAGAACUGAAAAGUGACAUGUCAUAUGUUGGUGCACAAUUCAAGAAAUCAAUACAGCAAGGACCAGUGUUUGUGUGCACCUGCUGUAAACGUCUUUUAUACAGAAAGUCUGUUGUACAUGUACCAGGUGAUAAAUAUGCAAAAUAUGGUACAAAUAGACAAAUUGUUCAGCAGUGUUUGACUGGUUUUGUUAGUGGCUACAAGGAUAUAUGCGAGUGGAUAUGUAGCACAUGUCACAAAGCCCUAAAACAAGGGAGAAUGCCUUCACAAGCACAGGCGAAUGAUCUGCUUGUUGAAGAACAGCCAUUUGACUUGUGUGACCUUAAUCCAUUGGAAGAACGUCUAUUGUCUAGGAGAAUUCCAUUUAUGCAAAUAGUGAGCUUACCCAGAGGGGGUCAAAAGGGAAUAAAAGGACCAGCAGUCAAUGUUCCAUCUUCAUUGGAUGAUGUAAUGUCUCUGCUUCCCAGGCUGCCAUCUGAUUGUGGUUUGGUUGGCAUUAAACUCAAGAGAAAAUUAAAAUACAAAGGUCAUGUAAUGCACCAGUCGAUACGACCAGCCAAUGUCAUGUCAGCACUACAAUACCUGAAAGAUAAUAAUGAAAAAUAUGAAGAUGUCAUUGUCAACACCACCUGGUUAGAACAAGCAUCUGAACUUGAUAGAAAGCUCAUUGAUGCAUGUGAGGACAGUGAUUCCAAUGACUCAGAAGAUGAAGACAAUGAUCACUGUGCUGAUUUGAAACAUGAUACAGAACAUGUUGAGAAAGGAGAAGAAAGCGAGAGUGAAGAUGAGGAAGAUAACAUCAUGAAACUACGAGGUGUUCCUUACAAUACAUGCCUCCAACCGUCAACACUCCCAUAUUCUGGCAAAGAGAUCUACUCUCUAGCUCCAGGUGAAGGCCAGCAGCCAAUCAGUUUUUUUUCUGACCCUGAAUGUGAGGUUCUGGGUUUCCCAACACUAUUCCCAUCUGGAAAGUUUGGUUUUAGUUGUCAAAGAGUCGUCAACUUAUCCAUGAGGCGGUAUUUUAAUCAGAGGAUGCUUAAUGUUGAUGCCAGAUUUGCCCAGAAUAUCGAGUAUUUGUUCUUCUCUCAAUACCUUUGUGAAGCAAGACAGAUACUAGAUAACAUAAGCAUUGCUAUGAGAAAAGGCAAUUGUACAGGUGGAAAGAAGCUGACAGCAGGUUACCUUUGUCACACAGACACUUUACAAGAUGACCUGGCACACAAUGAUGGAUAUAGGUUUCUUCAAAAUGUUCGGGGGUCCUAUCCAUACUGGGUGAAAACACUCCAUGACCUGAAUGCAAUGGUGAGACAACUCGACAUUCCAACCUGGUUCUGCUCAUUUUCAGCUGCAGAUUUGAAAUGGCCUGAAACGAUACAGAUUAUUGCCAAGCAGUAUGGAGUAACAUUGAGUGUCACUGAUGUAGAGAACAUGGAUUGGCAGCAGAAGUGCUUGUGGUUACGCCGUAAUCCAGUAACAGCAGCAAGACAUUUUGACUUCAGAGUACAGAAAUUCUUCAAAGAAGUUCUUCUGACUGAUGCUCAUCCAUUAGGCAAAAUAGUAGAUUUCUUCUACCGAACAGAGUUUCAGCAACGUGGUAGCCCACAUAUUCACUGCCUGUUUUGGGUCCAAGAUGCUCCAAAGAUUGGAAAAGACACAGAGAAAGAUAUAUGUGACUUCAUCGAUAGAUAUGUAACAGCAGAACUGCCAUGUAAAGAUGAUAUUCCCCUGCAUGACCUGGUAAACAGUUUGCAGACUCACAGUCACUCCAGCUCCUGUAAGUCUCACACCAGUAAUUGUAGAUACCAUUUUCCAAAGCCACCUACAGAUGAGACUAUGAUAGCAGGACCACCUGAAGAUGAUGAAACUGAACCCAACGUGAGAUGCAAGCAGAGAGAAAAGAAUGCUGAGGUGCUCAAGCUUGUACAGGAUGCUGUUGUUGAAGAUAAUAACAGAACACUGGAUGAUAUCCUUACUGCAGUCAAUGUGAGCAAAGAAAGCUACAUGCAGAAACUGAAGGUCGCCCCUAGAAAUCCAACAAUCAUGUUGCGCAGGUGCCCAUGGGAGACGCGAAUCAAUAACUACAAUCCGGAUUUAUUGAAGAUUUGGUCAGCCAACCAUGAUGUGCAGUACGUGACCAAUGCAUAUGCUUGUGCAAUGUAUAUCCUGUCUUAUGUCAGCAAAGGAGAAAGGCAGAUGGGAGAACUGUUAAAGACAGCAUCAAAAGAGUGUACAAAGGAUGACACAAUACGACAACAACUGAAGAAACUGGGAAAUGUGUUUCUUACACAUCGAGAGCUUAGUGCCCAGGAAGCGGUUUACAGAGUUACUUCAAUGCCAUUGAAGAGGAGUAGCAGAGCUACGGUUUUCGUCAACAGUGGACUGCCAGAUGAGAGGAUCAGAAUAUUGAAGUCACUGAAAAAGCUACAAGCCCUACCACCAGACUCAGAAAACAUAUUUGAAAGCAACAUGAUUGAAAGGUAUGCAGCUCGGCCAAAUCAUAUGGAAAACAUAUGUUUAGCAGACUUUGCAACAAUGUAUUGUCUGAAAGGUUCAUCUGAAAAACAGUCAGAAGACAAGAAUGAAAACAACGAAGAUGAGAUAUUAGAGAUACCAGAGGUUGAUAGUGGAGAAGAAGGGGAGAUAAAGUUGAAAAACAACAUGGGUAUAAUGCUGAGGAAGACUAGAAGAGCAAUUCUACGAAUGCCUAGAUUCUCAGCAGUGAAAUCACCUGACAGACAUUACCAUUCCCUCCUGAUGCUGUACUACCCGUGGCGCAAUGAGGAUACAGAUUUGAAAGGUGACAAAGAAUCAUUCAAAGAUUUCCAUGAAACAGUAAGUGAAACUGUUUCCAAAAACCAGACAGUGUUUGAACAUAAUGCUGAGGCACUGGAUAUGGCCAUGGACAAUAUUGGCAAAUUGUCUGAAAAUUUGUGGGAUGAGCUAGCAUCAGGCCAACAACAUGAAGAAGAAGAUAAGAAGGAAGGAAAGUUCUCAGAAGAUGUUGAAGCUGAUGAAUUUAUAGGAUCCCUUCAAAACAUUCCUGAGUUAGGCAAACCUAAAAGACAGAAAACUGAAGAGUCAUUUCGUGUUGAGUACCAAACAAAGAUGCUGUCUACCAAAGAAUAUUUUGGACUUGUAUCAUCCUUGAAUGAACGCCAAAGACAACUUUUUGAAAGUGUGUUGAAGUGGUGCAGAGACGAGGUACAUGCCACAAAGAAAGCUGCAACUCAUGCACCCUUCUACACAUUCUUAACAGGUGGUGCAGGCACAGGAAAGAGUCAUCUUAUUAGAGCUCUGGUCAGUAUGAUUGAGAGGGAGCUAAGACCAAUUUGUGAUUCGCCAGAAAAAACCACUGUUCUGUUGACUGCUCCUACAGGGAUAGCAGCUGCAAACAUUGAUGGCAUGACAAUUCACCAUGCACUUGCUCUUCCUACUCGAGGUAACAUGGCAGAAGACCCCCCAAUCAGUCAUGAGAGACUAGCAGUGCUACGAGAGGCUUUAGAAAAUUUAACAGUCAUCAUCAUUGAUGAGAUUUCUAUGGUUGGUGAUAAGUUAUUCCAUUGGAUAAACAAACGACUGAACCAAAUAAAAGGAGUUGCAAAUCCAGAAACAGUGUUUGGUGGAAUUUGUGUUCUAGCUGUAGGGGAUUUUUACCAAUUAAAACCUGUAAAACAGAGGGCAGUUUAUGAAGCUCCAACAGAUCCACAUGCAAGGUUGAACCCUAACCAUCUAUGGAAAGACUAUUUUGAAAUUAUAGAACUAACUGAAAUUCAACGACAAAAAGGAGAUGCACUAUUUGCUGAACUGUUAAACCGUGUACGACUAGGCCAAAGCCAUAUGACACAUGAAGAUGAGAAGUUACUACAGUCAAGAAUCAUAGCAAGUGAAGAUGAAAACUACCCACAUGGUGCUUUACAUGUAUUUGCAACAAAUGAUGAUGUUGAUAAACACAAUGCGAAAAAACUGAAGCAAAUGACCAAAGAUGUUAAGGUGAUACCUGCCAUUGACAGUAAAAGAGAUCUGGGUACACAGAAAGCAAAGGUCAGCACAGCAAAAAGAACAGUAUCUGACACAGGUGGUUUAACUGAAACCCUUGAACUGGCAGUUGGGGCUAGGAUCAUGUUGCUAAAGAAUAUAGAUGUGGCUGAUAAACUUGUAAAUGGAGCCCAGGGAGAAGUUGUUGGAUUUGUUCACCAAAAUAAUGACCCUACUUGCCCAAUUAUUUGUGUCCUUGUUAAAUUUGAUGAUCCUGUAGUAGGAAUACAUACAAUGAAGACCUUCCCCACUCCAAUUUUUGGAGCAGUUGGCAUAACAAAGGCAGAGGCAACUUUCAAUCUUGAUGGGAAAGGUGCCAUAGAAGUUACCAGAAAGCAGUUCCCUCUAAAUCUUGCUUUUGCCACAACUAUACACAAGGUACAAGGGUUGUCAUUAGACAACAUUGUUGUUUCCUUUGAGCGCACCUUUAGAUGUGGCCAGGCCUAUGUUGCUAUGAGUAGAGCUAAAACUCUGAAAGGACUCCAUCUUCAUUCUUUUGAAAAGUCAAAAGUAUUAGCAGACUCUGAAGUUAAACGUGAGAUGGAACGGAUGAAGUACCACAAAGCUAAAGAAGUGGUACAGUCACCAUUAGAAGGCCUACCAAGCAAAAACUGGACUAAAGUAAGCCAUAUUAAUGUAAGGUCGCUCCCAAUGCACAUCAAAGAUCUAUCAGCAAACCAAGCUCUUUUGACAUCAGACAUUAUCGCAGUUACUGAGACAUGGCUUAAACCAAAUGACACAAGCUUAUCAGUAGACCUUCCAGGAUUCAACUUUCAUAGAAGGGACAGAAAACAGUGUUAUAAAGGCCAUUCAUGCAAAGAUGAUUCUUGUGAAAAAUGUAAUGACAAAGGUGGUAUAGGUUUGUACAUCAAAAAGGAUCUGAAUGUAACAUCUCUGCCUCAGUUCUCUAUCCACCAGUGUGAGACAAUGUAUUAUGAAAUUUCAAAAUCUGACAACAAACUAUUCCUAGGCAUUGUCUAUCGGCCAGUACACACAAAGUUCAGUCAGCUUCUGGAGGAGUUGAUACAGUUUGUGCUGUAUGUUCAGGAUAUGGGUGGCAGGUGUGUUAUAACUGGUGACUUCAAUAUGCAGAGUGACAUUUCUGACAAAAUUAUCCAACUGAAGCAAGUAUUCACUGAAAACAACAUCCACCAGCUGAUCAUUGAUCCAACAUAUACAAGUGGGUCAAUUUUAGACCACAUCUACACAAAUGUCACCUCGCCAAUGCUUCAAUGUGGCACACUUCCAUGCUACUUUACAGACCACAAUGCUGUUUUCUGUGUUUUACCCACUCCAGGUGACAUGGAUGAUCUUCAUAAGUUGAGGAGCAAGAAACACACUGUGUCUCAAACACCAACUCUCAUUAAGCCUGAAAGGGAGAAAAAGAAGAAGGUCCACACUAAACAGCCAAUAAGAGUCCUCACUCGACAUACUGCAGAAGUCUCCGAUGACCUUGAGAUAACAGGUCAUGAUAUCACCUCACAAGUGAUAACAGGUUUCACUCUGCCAACUGAUGAGGACUCUUCACUAGUUGCCAACGCAUUUGGUGUUCCAGUUUUUCACGAUCCAGUAGUGAACAGAGAGCUCUUUGACAUAAGAUACAGGGGAUAUCUGAGGAAUUUGCGCAAAAAAACAUGUCCAUGUAUUAUUGAUGCAACAGAACCAGAUGGAAACUGUUUUUUUAGGGCCAUUUCAAAACAGCUACUGGGGACUGAAAAGUACCAUCUUUGUUUACGGCAGGUUAUCUGCAAUUUUGAGGAGUCACAUCCAAAUACAUUCGUUGACUGGCAUGGUGAGGGACAAGAGGGGUUAAAGCGCCACAUCGGGAAGAUGCGCCGCCAACGAACAUGGGGAACGGAACUUGAACUUCUGGCAGUGGCAACAUUCUUUGACACUUCCAUUUGGGAAUAUACAGAACAGUACCCACAAGGAUCCCAAAACUGGCAAUGGAUUGAAAUCCAGAAGGUUCAACUUCAUCCACAGGAUCCAGCAGUUGAUGGUCUCCCAAUCCAUGGUAUGUUUUAUCUACAUCAUACCAAUGGGAAUCACUAUGACGGCGUAUUCCCUGAUAGGAACAGAAGUGCGAUCAGUGGAAACAAAGAAGUCCCUGGACCGUCUUUUAGCUAG